UUUCCCCAGAGGUGACUUUAAAUGAGUGAUAAGCUAUUUCCACAAUUCACAUUCAUGCACAGCCCCAGUAAGGCAGAGGGGGUGAGCACUGAGCAGGAAGCAAACUUUAAAGAGCAUGUGACGUCCCUGGGGAACCCACUGGGGGCCUGUCGCCCACACUCACAUGGCCAGCAGUGAAUCGGUGUGGAUCCCAUGUGGAGUGCUGCCCGAGUAUGCUGGUGAGGGGCUGUGCUCUCCAACCUUGAAGAGUGGUGAGGGAAGACCUCUAAGAAGAAACAGCCUCCUGUGGGGCAGAGCAGUGGUGAGGUGUGCCCUAGAGGGACUAAUAUGGAGAAAUGGGGCUCAGAGGAAGUAGAAGAGAACACAGAUCUCUUGAGUGCUGGGCGGAGAGCAGGCUAGAUUUAAAGAAAGGGAAAAACGGUUGGAGACAGCCAGGGUGGGCCCAGGUGGGUUGAUGAUUCCAAAGAUGGAGGCGAGAAAUCUCAGAUUGGGAGCAGAGCUCAGUGGUAGAGCAAUGGCCUUAGCAUGCAUAAAGACCUGGUUUUGAUCCCAGCACUGCUGAGGAGGCUGGCAGGCCUAACAGAACAGUCAGCUAAGAGUUGGCAAUCUGGCACGAGGAGGGUCAUCAGGUGGGGGCAGAGCUGGGCAGUUCCCAUCCCCAGGGUGCACAGCUGCCUAGGGAUGGGGGAUGGGUGAGAGUUCAGAGCUCAUGAGUCAGGGCAGCCAGCCUGUGGUCAGACACAUCCAGCUGACCCACGUGCAUGCACAGGGGUCAGUUGCCCCCACAGUGGCCUCGGGCUCCCUGUAAGCAGGUGUGGGCUCCUUGGGACAGCAAGAACCUGAGGAAGAAAGUUUUCCUGACCCCUAUCCCUUAAAUGAAGACUGGGUUCCCCUCCCCCUGGCUGUGCAGCUGCCUCUGGACGGAGGGAGGGGGAAGUGGCCAGAAGGGGAAGUGUGAGGAGUUCCCCGUCCAGCCUGUCACCAGUCUUCUCAGGUCUUCAGGACAGCUGUGACCAUGGAGUCUGUUGAGACCCCUGUCAAGGAUGGCAUCCUUUACCAGCAGCACAUCAAGUUUGGCAAGAAAUCCUGGCGGAAGGUGUGGGCUCUGUUAUAUGCAGGAGGCCCAUCAGGCGUAGCUCGACUAGAAAGUUGGGAUGUUCGUGAUGGUGGCCUAGGGCCAGCAGGUGAUAGAUCCACAGGGCCUGGCCGGCGAGGGGAGCGACGGGUAAUACGCCUAGCUGACUGUGUGUCUGUGCUGCCGGCGGAUGGUGAGAGCUGCCCCAGGGACACUGGUGCCUUCCUGCUUACUACCACUGAGCGAAGCCACCUGCUGGCCGCACAGCAUCGCCAAUCAUGGAUGGGCCCUAUCUGCCAGCUGGCCUUCCCGGACACCAGAGAAUACACUUCAGGAUCAGGAGUUGCCGAACCUCCCAAGAGGGGCUUUGUUCCCAUGGAGGAAAACUCCAUCUAUUCCUCCUGGCAAGAAGCAGGUGAAUUUCCAGUGGUAGUUCAGAGGACGGAAGCUGCCACCCGCUGCCAGCUGAAGGGGUCUUACCUCCUGGUGCUAGGCCAAGAUGACAUCCAACUGAAAGAAACUUCCAAUCCCCAGAUCCUCUAUAGCUGGCCCUACCGUUUCCUGCGCAAGUUUGGCUCUGACAAGGGUGUGUUCUCCUUUGAGGCUGGCCGCCGCUGUGACUCAGGUGAGGGCCUCUUUGCCUUCAGCAGUCCACAUGCCCAAGAGAUGUGUGGGGCUGUGGCUGCUGCCAUUACCCGCCAGCGGGAGCGGCUACCAGAGUUGGCCAUGCCCCCUCCCUGUCUUCUGCCUCGGGCCAUCUCCCUGCCCUCUCUAGAGCCCCCUGGAGAACUUCGGGAGGUGCCCCCAGGGCUUGAGCUGCCCACUUCCAGGAAGGUACCUGUGACUGAUCCCGGGCCUCAAAGCCUGCCACUGGUGCUCAGCCCCACGCAUGAAGGAACCGUCUCUGGUCUCUAUGCCUCUGUGUGCAAACAGACCAGCAAGUCCCGUGCCACUGUGGAGCACCUCUAUGAGAACCUGUGCAUGCUAGAGGCCAGUCCUGGGCUUUCCAACGGGGAUAUUGAGCCUCCAGAGGGCCCUCCUGGUGGCUGCAGCCCCUUGACCAGCCCUAUCUAUCACAACAGCGAGGGUCUGAAUUGGCCUGGCCCUGCCCAUGACAGCAGCCUUGAAGCCCAGUACCGGCGACUGCUAGAGCUGGAGCUAGAUGAGGCCGGAGGCACUGGCCGCUCUGGUGCUCAGGCAGGCUUCAAGGCCAAGCUUGUGACACUACUGAGUCGUGAACGGAAGAAGGGUCCUGUCCCCUGUGACCGGCCCUGAAGGCUUGUGCUGCUGUGGCAGCAGGAAGACCGGUGCUCUCCCUGGGACAUAAACGAGCAACUUUGGAACAUGUCCCCUGUCUAUUCUGGCCUACAGGAACAAGGCAGGCAGCCUAGGGAGGACUCACAUUUUAUCCUGCCCCACUCCCCAGUGUACAGUGUAUAGAUUCACCAGUAAUAAAGCUUGCCUGCCAGCUC